AUGGAGUACGAAGCGAAGAAAGGGAAAAAGGGAUUCGUGUCCCCCAUCAAGCGCCUGGUCUUCCCGAAGGCCUCCCGCAAGCAAGCGCUCAAGGGCAACGUGUGUCGCCGGCGGCCCCUCCACUCCGUGCCUCUGUACCCCCCAGACUACCUCAUUGACCCCCAGAUUCUGCUGCAGGACUAUGUGGAAAAAGAGGUGAAGUUUUUAGGCCACUUGACCUGGGUGAACAGCUCCCUGAACCCCUCCAGCCGGGACGAAUUGUUGCAGCUUUUGGAUACCGCGAGGCAACUGAAGGAGCUGCCGCUGAAGACCACACCUGAGCAGGACAGCAUCCUGAGUCUCUCUGCCCGUUGCCUGCUGCUCACCUGGCGGGACAAUGAGGAGCUCAUCCUUAGGAUCCCGACCCAUGAAAUUGCUGCGGCUUCCUACCUGAGGGACGAUGCACUGCACCUGCUGGUGCUGAAGACAGGCCUGGGCGUUGAUCCAGUUCCUGCAGGUGGCACCCUGGACCUUUGUCCCGGAGUCCCGAAACUGGACAAGAAAUAUCCUGCAGGAGCCGCCGUCGAGAAGAGAGCCCCGGACGUACGGCAGCUGGGCUGUCCCAUGGAACGGCGCCACACCAUCUGCAGCCUGGACUGGAAGAUGUCCCGAGGUGGGUCCGAGGGACGCCCAAGCGGCGGAGGGAGCCUGGAGCGCAAGCAGGCCACGGGCAGCUGGGAGAAGAGACAGCGGACCAGUAGUGGCACCGGGAGAGCCUUCGGCAGCUGGGAACACCGGCAGACGCAGAGUGGCAGUUGGGAACGCCGGCACGGCAGCCAAGCCGGGGGCAGCUGGGAGCGCGGGAAGACCUACGGCAGCUGGGAGCACCGGCACGCGGGGGGCAACCCCCUGGACCCCAAGGAGCCCUGCCCGGAUGCCUACUGCAACCUGGUCAUCUUGGCCGUGGCCAACCGAGAUAUGGCCGAGGAAUCCUGCGCACUGAUCUGUCAGGUUUUCCAGAUCAUUUACGGCGACCAAACCAUCGAGUGUGUGGAUCGGGCCGGCUACCACUACACCUCCACCCCGAAACGGCCUUGGCUGUCCAGCCGGAGUGAGAGCUGUCGGACCGAGGGGACGUACGCUUACGACGCCGACUUUAGCUGCUGCAGCUCCUUGUAA